UUAUUUACUUCAAUGGCCGUGCCUUUUAAAUCUGAUUUUGAUUCGUUAAAUAUCAGGUUUCGACAUCUUCGCAACUGGAUAAAUCAGAGCGCUCCCUCGUCUUUCAGCACCACCCAUCAUCUGCCUCUUAUCAUUCAACGUCUCUUCCACCCCUCCACAUGCCUCACCGUGUUGACUCCCUUCCAAUGUCGUCCUCUCACCGUCGCGAGUAUGAUUAUGAUUAUGAUCACUCAUACAGGAGGCCUACUCCCCCACCAAUUGCAACUUUGUCACACUCGCCCUCACUAUCAGUCUCAUCCCUAGACCGUUCAUCCGUUUCUUCCCCUGCGCCACGCCGAUCACCAACUGAUCGUUCUGUUGAUUCACAUUCAGCCUACUCUGAUGCUUAUUAUUCGCAAGAUCAGAUGGCUCGGCAGUCUAGACCAUACCCACAUGACCCUGUCCGGGACUCGGGAAGGGUGUCCCACAGCUAUUCUUAUACCCCUCGCCCUCAUCCUGAGCACAGAUACUCACAUGACUCCCACCCAUAUCAUGUGUCUUCUUCAUAUACUAGCCCCGCUUUGACUCACAGCACUGCGAGCAGUGGACGCGACAAUCCUCAGCUCCCAUAUCCAAUUCCAGGUCAAAAUUACCAUGCCAUUGGGUACACGGACGAUGCUGCUACAAAAUUAAGCGACCGUGUCCGUAGAAGGUGCUUCAACUGCUGCACCACAGACACAUCGACGUGGCGCCGUUCGAAUUUGAGUCCUGGAAAAGUGCUGUGCAAUAAGUGUGGUUUAUUUGAGCGCACUCAUGGACGGUCAAGACCGGAUCAGUUUCCUCACCGCAGAGGCGCUCUAGCAACAACCGCAAUGCGGCCAAGGACUCCCCCGCAAUCAACGCACCUACCUCCAAUCUCCACUCAUGUUCCCCCUUUAGCACCUUACCAUUUCACGCACCCUUCCAUUGCCCCUCUUCAGUCUGUGCCUGACUCAAGGAGAUCACACCACCCGAACACGUUGCCGGAGAUCCAAUCUUGGAUAGAUGCUCCAGCCGCACGGGCCUCCUACUCCGCCCCGUCAUCAGACCGUAAUCAUGAAAGUGCGCGUCAGCGGUCUCCCCCCCGCUUACACCACGUAGAUAUGCGCUCUUCAAGUGUUCAUGAAGCUGUGGCAUAAUGGAGGAACGUUCUUCCGUGGCAGCCCGGAGCUCCGUGGAGGAAAACGAAUACCUAAAAGUUCAUGCUUCCAUGCCUGCUUAUUCGCUACUCGACUCGUUAGUCUUCUUGCAUUAAUGGCUAGAACGUGCCAUCA